UCUUCUCUUCUUCUUUCUCUGACUGUACGGAACCCGAAUUUCCUGUUACACGGAAAAGCUCAUCUCACCAUUUACUUCCGCAAAGCUCUGUUAGGUUUAAGCCAGAUUCUUGAGUUUUCACAUUUCGACUUUGUUCUUGAUUCUUAUUUACUUUUCAUUCUUCUCAUUUGAUUUUCCAUUUCUCGUAUCUGAUUCGACAGGAGAAAGUAAUAGAAUACCCCAAAAGCUAUCCAUUGUUUUCAAAUCGUUUCCCAAGGAAUUUUCAACUGGUAUCUUCUGUUCAUCUUUCGCAAAAAAUCCCACUUUUUUACAUGAAAUUGUUUGUAAAAUGCUAGUCUUUGAUAGAAACUCCGACGACUUGAUUUUAGAAGGUUUUAGUUCCGGCAAAACCUCCAUGAGUAGUGACACGACCAUUAGUCAUUGCACUAGUUUUAGCCGAUUGUCUUUGGAGCUACCGACUAGGUCGCCGGAAAAUCUGCAUACACUGAAACCCCACCGAUCAUCGGACUACUCACUCCAAGCCAUUCGCUCAAAGACGAGCUUGAGCUUCCGGGACUUCAGUUUGGUCCGCCAGAUCGGCAGUGGAGACAUUGGCAAAGUAUAUCUCUGCCGCCUCCGCAGCACGGCGGAGGAGAGGCGGCUCUAUGCCAUGAAGGUAGUCGAUAAUGAAGCUUUAGCGUUGAAGAAAAAAUCCCGGAGAGCUGAAACGGAAAGAAACAUCAUGAGAAUGCUGGACCAUCCAUUUUUGCCUACUCUUUAUGCUGAAUUUGAAGCCUCCCAUUUUUCUUGUGUUGUAAUGGAGUACUGUUCUGGGGGUGAUUUGCAUUCUCUAAGGCAUAAACAGCCUCAAAAACGCUUCUCUCUCGCCUCAGCUAGGUUUUAUGCAGCUGAGGUAUUGGUAGCACUGGAAUACCUUCACAUGUUGGGAAUCAUCUACAGGGACUUAAAGCCAGAAAAUGUAUUGGUUAGAUCGGACGGUCACAUUAUGCUCACUGAUUUUGAUCUUUCCCUUCGCUCAGAUUCAAUCCCAGCCAUAGAAUCGCCUGUCUUUUCAUCCGAUGAACCACUGUCAUCGCCAACAGCCUGUGGACUAACCCCGUUCUCCUGCAUUUCCGACAGGCUGUUCCGGUCAAAGAAGAUCCAGUCAUUCUCCAACAACCGGUUGUUCGUGGCGGAGCCGGUUGCCGCCCGAUCUUGUUCUUUCGUUGGAACCCACGAAUAUGUGGCGCCCGAAGUUGCCUCCGGUAGGUCCCAUGGCAAUGCCGUGGACUGGUGGGCCCUUGGGAUCUUUAUUUACGAAAUGAUUUACGGAAGGACCCCAUUUGCUGGUCCAUCGAAUUCGUCCACACUGCGUGACAUCGUAAAAAAGCCGCUAACUUUCCCCAACGGCGCGCCGUGCAAUGUGAGUGAACUACACGCUCGGGACUUGAUAUCCCAGUUACUUAACAAAGACCCGAAUAGGAGACUCGGGUCGAAACGCGGGGCGGCUGAAGUCAAGACCCACCCCUUUUUUAAGGACUUAAAUUUCGCUCUAAUUCGAUCCGUAACGCCACCGGAUUUACUGGGGAUCCGUAAGCAGAGAACGUUGACUUCAGUAGAUGAGAAGAAUUUGAGGCAACAAACGGCACCGUUUGACAUCUUCUGAUUGACUAUUUGAUGUUUUAUGCUAUCAGAGAGGCUGGAUGACCACCACGUGGUGAUGUUUUCCCGUAGAUUUUGUGAGGAUGAGGGCUUAGAAUCUAGAGUUAUGCUGCACUUACAAAGGUUGAUAAAAUUACGUCCACAUCAAUCAUUUCAAAAACAGAUUUUUAAAUCAUUUAAAAUUAAUGGUCUGAAUUUUUCCAACACACUUUGUAACUCAACUUUGUACGAGUAGCUUUAUUGUAGUAUCUAGCCAAUUAUAUUGUUAUUAUUAUCUCUAAGGAAAAAAGUGUACAUAUUAUGCGGCUAUAUAAGUUACGGCAUUAUUGUCUCACCAUUUAAUAGGGUUC